AUGGUAAAAGAAAUUGGUCACGUUUGGUUUAACACAAUGUUUUCUUGUCCUGCAUUUUGUGGGGGUGUAUAUGUACAUGGAGACCAGCAGUUGCCUUAUCCAACUCGUGGAACAACUCUGGUACCAAAAAUAGUAGGGGAAGAGCCUUCUAGUCAAAGCCAGCGAAGACAGGUAUUUAGAAAGGCAAAGCAGGGUUCGAAUGAAGCAAAAAAAUCGCAGGUUCGAAUUGAGGAUAUUGUGGUCCCGCCAGGUUUGUCGGAACAUUGUCCCGUAGAAUCGAUUAAUAAAAUAUAUAAAUCUCAGGGUUUAAGGCCGCCCCGUGAAAAAAUAAUGAAGCUUUUGCUAGAAGCCCACGAAAAUGGUUUAGUUUCCGAUACUUACAACGAAAGAAAAAAGCCAAAAGUCCCUCUUUCACCAGUCCCUAAAGCGGCUGAAGGUAAGUUUUGCGCUGUAAAACUUUCCUCAGACGAAACAUUCCACAAAUUUUCGUGGUUUUUAGGAGAUUUCAAUGGUAACGGCCCUUGGUUGCUUAGGAGACAACCAGACGAGCAUGUUUUAGUUUUUGACCGGUUAGAAAUAGAUAAGGCAUGCAAGAAUGAAAAGCUUGACUUGCAGAUGAAGCUAAUCGUUGUAUUGCGUUGCCUUGAUGAGAGUAAUAGUGAAAAGUGCGAAGCAGCUCGAAGAUUUAUGCUCAAUGUUAGCGCACAGCAGGAGAGGUUCAACAAGAAACGUAGGCAGAAGAUUCAGCCUAGGUUUCCUGAAUUAAAAUCGAGACGUAUAAAACAUGCUAAUACAAACCAAUUGAAGAUGGUCGUGGACCACUAUGUGGAACGUCAAGGUACAUUUUCGCACAAGCCGAACUACGGUAUAGAUGAAUUUGGAAAUGAAAUUUUGACUACUUCUGUAGUUAACACCCAGCCGUUCCGCGGGGAUGUUAGACUAGUGGAUUACGAAUUGCGUAGAAAGUACUUUGGACGGCAGAGAUCGGAGUCACUAUCUGUCUACCCUCCGGUUGAUCACAAAACAGGUGAGAUGUGUUGUGAACUGUAG